AAAGGAAGUGAGUCACGCUGACGGUAAUGUUACGUCUCCGUUGCAGCAGCAGAGAACAAGAGAGAACAAGGAAGCAACAUGUGCUGACCAUAAACUCCCAACACAUCAGCACAGACAGGCAGGCAGCUACGAUAAGAGACAAGAAGCCGAGGACUGAAGACUGGACUCUUUUAGUUUUUAAACUACAUCAUGAAAAGAGAGGUGAAGGCUGGAGUCAACUUCCUCAAACGCCUGGCUGUGGCACGUGGCAAGCUUGAUGAAGCCAAAGCAGAAUUAUUUGCUGAGAAGCUGCAGAAACUUUUAUGCGACAAAUAUGAUGACCACUGGUACCCUGAUUGCCCCAGUAAAGGCCAGGCAUUCAGAUGCAUCAGGAUAAAUAAUGGAGUACUCUGUGAUGAAGUGCUACUGAAGGCAUGUGAGGAGAGUAAUCUCACCCCCAGUGAGCUGGGUCUCCCGUCUGAGGUCACACUGUGGAUCGACCCACUGGAGGUGUGCGCAAGAUCUGGAGAGAACAGCAGGCCCUUCUUGAUAGCCUGUUUCAAAGAGGAAGAGGCGGACGAAGAGGAUGUGAAGGGAGAACAGGACUCCACGGACUCAAUAAACCUGGACACCUCAGAUUACCACUCUGCUACCUCUUCUGAUUGUGGUUCCGCCGCGUCGAGCGACACAGAGGAGGAGACAAAGGAUGGCGAGAUGGAGGGGGAGCAAGAAAAAGAAGAUAAAAAUAAGAAGCAAGCGGCAGAAGGCGACACCUACACGGUCGUAAUGGUGCCCAGGAUUCGGAAGCGGCAAGGAGAAGGACCAAAUAAGGUCAAAUACGUCAGAAAUAUGCUUCCUGCUAGCCUCCAGUACUACUACCACCCUGCACCAGUUUGGCCUCAGUACAAGAAGGGCGGUCCGGUGUUCCUCACCACAGUUUGUGCCCCUCCGGCACCGCCGCCUCCGCCUCAGCAGGUAUUUGGCUACUACAUCUUGCCGCAGCCGUCUCCACAGUUCAUUCUGCCUCAAGCCACUCUGCAGCCAUGGGGAGCUGCGCAGGGUUAGACCGUCCAGGAGCUGCGGCGUGAAGGUGGAUAGAGCAAUAUAAGCUCCUUCAACUGAGCCAUGAUAUCAUGUCGGGUGUCUGAGCUAAACAUGGGCCAAAAGAAGAACUUUUUUUUAAAAAACUGUAUAGCUCAAAGUUAUUCCUUGCACAACCUGUAAUAACUCUUCUUUCCUUUUAAUUGUGGUGACUUGUUAUUGAUGAAUUGUACUCAGCACAGAGAUGCCACUGUACUUAAUAAUGGAGUGAAAAAAAAGUUUGAUUUCUUGGAAUCUGUCAGGUCUGCACUGCUAUUUUUUUUUUUUUUUUUUUUUUUUUUUUACAUACUGUAUGCAUUAUGAACGACUGCAGUCACUGGGUGCUUUGGCUAACUCAGGAACUCUCAGCAAUAUGCUUAAUGCCAAAUAACUGUCUUUUCAGGUGUUAUUUCUCUUAUUCAUGUCUCACUUGUGCUGCAAAAUAGCGGUCCACUAUGUAUACAUCACAGUUAAUCAUUGUAAAAUGUGAUUCAGGGUUUUAAUCUACUGUAGCUAGUGACAAUAUCUGUAUAUUAAGAAAACUAUUUUUUACUAAACUGCUUGUAAAUAACACAAAACUUGGAUACCACAAACUGAUGCACACUUUCUAAUCUUACUGUCUUUUUGUUGUAAUUUAUUUGGCCACCAGUGGAUGGCGCUGAACUCCCAGCUAAUACAUGAAAUUGUGUAUUUUUAUAUUAACAGUGUCUGCUGUAUAUUGCAAAUCUAACUUCACAGAGCAUACAUGCUUUUAAACUUUCUCUGCUGUUAGUAAAAUGUAUAAAGAAAUUCCUUAUUUAGGGGUAUCAGAUUUAUGGCUGCUUAUAGUUAUAUGUUUUUUAAAAAGUUUUUACUGUAAAUAUCCUCGCUAUGAGAAUCUGCUUUGUAAGGUCUGAACUCAAACAUAUGUCACACUGAUUCUUACGUACUGUGAUUAUUUAAUUAUUUUUGAUAUUUAUUUACUGUCCAUGCAACUGCAAAGCUUUGUUUUGCUUCCACCUUUUGGAUCAGCCAUUUACUUUCUCAUUGCAGAGGAUUAAAUCAACUCAUACCUGAAA